AUAUUUGCUGUUGGAUACAAACAAUAUCCAAGAGACGACGAAAGGCAUAAGGGCGUUAUUGACUUUGUUUUCUGGCACUGGGCUCAGCUGCAGUACAACAACCCCUAUGUGCAGCUUGUACGGCACACCAACAUCAGCAUUCUACCAUUUGGCAAAGCAUUCUUAGACGAUGGCCGCGAAGUGCUUUUCGACUUGGAAGGUAAAAGCCGGAAGGAAAUUGAAGAAAUGCUACAAACAACGUUAGGGAAAACGAAGACUUUACUGAAGCGGGAACGCCUAGAAAAAAUGUUGCGGACAGAUCAAGCUUUGUUCGGUAAAAAAUGUAAAAGGGAAUGCAUAUGCGAGGUGCAGGGCCAGCAUCCUUGUACAUCGCUGCUUUAUGCUCCUGAUUAUAUGAAAGGAGACUGGAGGUGGAAUCGUAACGGCUAA